AUGGAAUUUUCUAAUGAGGAAGAAUCUUCAUCAGAAGCAGAUGAAUAUGCAAGCACAUCAUACGAUGAUACGGACGAUGAAUGUGUCCAAGAGGCUAAUGAAGACCAGUGUGAAGAUAGUGAACCUGAUACUGAUGACGCUGAGGAAGAUAUACAGAAUUACGACAAACAAAUACAUUUAUUAUUGAAAAAAUGUCGAAAAUACAUUAAAAAAAUCUCCAGCUCUUCCAUAUUAUCAAGUGAACUAAGAAAACUAGCCAAUGAACAAGAAUUGAAUGUCGAAUUGAUUCUAGAUAUGCGAAUUCGUUGGAACUCCACCUUUAAAAUGCUUCAACGGUUAUUACUACUGAAACGAGUCUUAAUGAAUUUUCAUACCUUAUCAUGUUCUACUUCUGUGGGCAAUUUCGAAUUAUCUGAUGAAGAAUGGCGUGUACUUGAUACAUUAUCAAAAACUUUGGAUCCAAUUAAUGAUGCCACAGAGCUAUUGUCAGGAAGAAAUUACUCUACGCUGGCUAUAGCAGCAUAUAUGAACCCAGAAACGAAUAUUGGUAUGACAGCAGACGAAAUAUCCGUAGCCAAAGAACUGAUAAUUAAUGAAGUAACGUCAAUGGCAUUGUCAACUCCUUCUUCAUCCUCUAAUGAACACAAAGCACCUAUUAGUCACACUUCCAAAUUCGGAUCAUAUUUGAAAAAAUGUGGCAUGUUAUUAACACCAACACGAAAAGUAACACCACCUUCACUUUUAACAAGUACGACUAUUAAACAAGAAAUUUCUCUGUACUCGAUAAUAUCUAAAAUGAAUUAUGAUUUAUCGUUAUUUUGGUUAGAAUAUGGUCGCGAGCUACCAUUAUUAUCAACCUUGGUUAAAAAGUAUCUAGCAAUACCAGCUACUAGUGUAGCUAGCGAAAGUACAUUUUCGCAAGCUAAUAAUUUUACAAGAAAAAAUCGACUAUCACUAACUUCAGCAACAACAAGAUUGUCUAUGUUUUUGAAAGACAAAUCACAAUCAUUACAAAAAUAUACAUGUAAACGUAAGACUAUCACGUUUACAAAUUUUUUUGUAUAUCCGAAAAUGUUAUCAAAAUUAUCAUCAAAGCAUUUACUAAUUCGCUUAAUUCCUAUUCGAUUAUUUGCCAUUACAAAGGGUCCGAUGACGACUGGCAGAGAUGAUUCGGGUACACCAGUGAAAGAUUCAUCGAAGAACAAAGAUCCAGCAAAAUCAACUCACGAGCAUGCACCUGAAUGGAGUGAAAAGAAUGCUAGUCAUAGUGAGGCAACUAUUAAAGCCGAUAAAUUUACUCCUGAUACACUGAGUGAAGAAUUGCUUACAGGAACCAUUGUAGCUGUGGAGAGAAAGCACAAAGACAAGACUUUAGGACCAGAGCCAAUAAUAUGUAAUUGUUUUUGUUGUGUACCAUCUCCGUGUAAACCAACUUUACAAGGAACAGUGGACGUAAGCUCAUGUUUGUCGACAGAUGAAUGUAAUUCAAAUUGUCAAGAACAAUACGCAACCUGUAGUAAACUAGCUGCUGUCACAUGUCUUGAAGAUUCCACAGAAACAAUACCAUCAUGGUUGUUGUCUAUUGAUACGAGCAAUAGUAUAUCGAUUGAAGGUUACACAGAAACAACACCAUCAUCGUCGUCGUCGUUUACUGAUACAACCAAUAGUAUAUCGAUUCAACCAACCACAAAUAAAAACAGUGGACGACCGCAAUUAUGUGGAUUAUUUAUACUUUGUAUUAACAUAAUUAUAUUGCAAUAUAUAACGUUACACAAUUAA